AUGCUGCUCACGACGAGCUGCAUCCUUCCACGUGCCGCAUAUAUUGCUCAUUCCUUUAGGCGUCGCCGCCGGCCCGACAGCGCUUUCUUGACCUUGGAAAGUUACCGCCCGGCGCCCCCGAACGUACCCGCCGCGCCUGCCCGCGCAAUACAUAUCGCGGCGAGCGGCGACCUUUCCCCAUCGAAUAGGCGCCGGACCCGCGGUCUCGAAUGGCGUGUGCCUGUUCUGCGGCUCAGGCUUCUCCGGAUGAUCUCUGAUCGGUCAUCGUUUGGCUUUGGGGUUCGGAAGGCUUCGGUGCCCACAGGAAGCAGCUACUUCGGGCACUCGCACUCGUAUACACCUGGGCCCGUGGCAAGCUGGCCCGGAAGGCGAGGAAGGGCUCGGAUGAAUGUGUUGCCGUUGCGUCCCAUACCACACAACCACAUUCGUAGCCGCGACUUGGAAGCUCGUUCUGUAAUGAAUGCUCAGACACAUCUGCUCGGAACUCAACUGCAACGUGUCGAAAUUGUUUCGCGAGUUUGCCGGAACGUCCAACAUGUUCCAGACGACGGCACCGGCGAAGUCAGCGUAGAGCUGCCAUUUGUGCGGCAUGUCGUCUAG